AUGAAUACCACUAGAUCGUAUAGUUAUUAUUACUAUCUCUUAUUUAUAUUAUCAACUACUUAUGCUUUAACUUGUCCUAAAGGCUGGAUUCAUGAUUCGAAUGCUCGCUCAUGCUAUCAUAUAACUCGAAGAAGAUUAACUCAUACACAAGCUUCUCAAUAUUGUCAACGUUUUGAUAACUCGUCUCAUCUCUUAAGGAUCGAAUGCGAUAGCGAGAACGACUUCAUCACAAACAUUUUGAAAUCAAAUAAGAACCAAGCAAGUUUAUCAACCUCAACUGCUUGGAUUGAUGCUCGAGCUCGUUUUGAUAUCGUUGACAGCUCAGCCGGGUUGUUUGCCCCCGGUUUCGUAUUGAGAUGGCCAAAUGGCAAAAUGGUUCGGUUCACUAAUUGGCUGACUGGUAAUGGACUGGAUUUGGUUGAUCGUCAGCAUAAAUGUGUUCAACUAACACCUUCUGGGAAAUGGGUCAACUCAGGAUGUCAUGUACCAGCUCUGGCCAUCUGUGAGAAGAAGUUGCAUCGAACAUUUGAUAAUCAUUGCCCGAAACAUUGGGUUUACUUCAACCAAACUUCCAGUUGUUACAGGACAGUCACGAGAACGAAUUUGACUAUAUUAGAAGCUGAUAACAGAUGUUUCCAGAUGGGUUAUGAACACAAUCAGGACGCCAUGCUCGCUAGUAUAGCAAACGCCCAAGAGAACAGUUUCAUUUUGAAAAUAGUAAAAGAACGGAAAGCUAAUUUCGAUUUUGUUCUAUUGGGAGGCUUCGGAAGAUCUAACGAUGGCAGCAAGUGGCAUUGGAUGGAUGGGACUCUCUUUGAUUAUCAAAACUGGGAUCGAGGCAUGCCAUACGGGAAACGGGCGCUGGCCGUUCUGGUUAUGAACAAACGGGGAAAAUGGAUUAACCAUUAUGCUGACAAAAUACUUUCGCAGUACAACUCGAUAGCUGUUUGUAAAUACAAAACUGGAACAACCAAAUGA